UGUCCUGCCUCUCCACACCAAUCUCCUAUUCUUAGAAUUUCAGUGCUAUAUGUCAAUUAUAUCUCAAUAAAAUUGGAGUGGGGGAGAAAUUUCAGCUUGAUAGCAGAUAUCCUCCUUGCUGAUAUAUGGCACAGGCAGGGAGAGAUGCUUUUGUGGAGAUUUUCCAACUACUUGGUCUUUUACCAUGGGUCUCCCCUUUCCUCUCCACCUCCACCAUCUCCAGAAAUGGUACACCCUCAGUGUUGCACCAUUUUCCUGCACUAAUCUUCCUUCUGUCACUGGGGCUCCCCUCUGGAUCUCCCCUCUACUUUAUGCCUUGUUAGUUUCUCAGUUUUUGAUCUACCAAAACUCUCUUUGUUUUUGAGUAUACAGAUACAUAUGUUUUAAAUAUAUUUUUCAUAAUUUCUGUGGGUUUGGUAGGAGGAAGAAGAGAUUCCAUGGGCUUACUUCAUCCUCGUAAAUCUACUUUUGGUUUCUGACAGAUAUUCUUUACUAAGUGAAGGAAGUUUUCUUUAUUCCUAGUUUUCAAAGAGAUUUAAACACAAAGGAAGCUAAGCUUUAUUAUCAAGCUUUCAGUACUUGCUGAGAUACCAUGACUUUUCUCUUUUAGCCUAUUAAAAUAACUACAUUACAGAUCACUAAAUGUGAAUUCUGUAAAAAAUUCUUGUCUUCACGUUAUGCUACAGUUUUACUAUAGGACAUAGUCAAUUUAUCAACUUUUUUGGAAGUGCUACAUAUAUAUUUGUAAGUUAAUUGGUAUUUGUGGGUAAAUGCUAAGUUUUUCAGAUUUAUGAAUCAUGGUUCUGCUAACCUCAUAGUAGGGAAAUUUGUCUUCAUUCUAGGACAGCAUAAACAACAGAAUUUUUUUGGAAAGAUUUUCUAGGACUCUGUACUUUGUCAUUUUGUGAGGAAAAGUUUUUCAUACAUACUUAAUGGUUGAAAAAGCAAAGUGUUCAGAAUUGUUUAAACCACCAAGAAGUAACUCUCCUAACUCCCCAGAAAAAGCCAUUUAUAACAAUUUGAUAUAUCUGUCCAGAUAUGUCCUAUACAAAUGCAUGUGCACACAUAUGUACAUGUACUCAUUAUGUGCACAUGUAUCUUUUUACAAAAUGGCCUCCUUCUGUUUUGCAACUUGCUUUUUUCACUUUUCGAAUUUAUUCUUUAAUAGCUUCAUAGUAUACUGCCUGGAUAUGCUGUAAUUUAUAGGUCCAUAAAAACACUUGCUUUGGUUGUCCUCAGUGUUUUACUACCAAGACAAUACUAUAAGUAAUGUCCCUGUACAAAUAUAUUUGUACUCUUUUAUAUCUUGGCUAAAGUGCAAGAAGGGGAAUGGGUCAAAGACUGAUACUGCCAUAUUAUCUUCCAGAAGUGUUUAUACCAAAUGACUUCAUGGGGUAGAUUUUGACAAGAAGACUUUAAAGCACUAUGUAAAAACUUGAAGCCAUAAUGUAAAGACAAAUAAAUUUUACUAUGUAAGAACUGAAAUUCUCUGUUAAGCAAAAAUGUCAUACACAAAGUCAGGGUACUGAGGGCUUUUACCAAAAUUUAAUUUAACAUCUUUAAAACUAGGCCAGGGGAGGCAGGCUCGGACGGCCCAAGGAGCUGCAGCCGCCCUUCGAGCCCUCCUUGCCGACACUAUGCUCCAGUUCCUGCUUGGAUUUACUCUUGGCAAUGUGGUGGGAAUGUAUCUGGCUCAGAACUACGACAUACUUGAAGAAAUUAAAAAGGACGUGGACGCCAAGAAGAAACCCCCUAGUUCAUGAGGCCAACUCUAGCACUGCCUCCUGGAUAAACUGAUUCUACUGUUCUUGAGGGCCUCCUUUACCAUCUGAACCAAAAGCUUUUGUUUUCAUCUCCAGCCUCAGCAAUUUUCUUCUUUGCUAGACCCUGCAUUGCCUUACACCACAAAUGGGGCCACAAGUUAAGAACAACCCUUACUUUUCCAACAUCCUCACUUCUUCCCUUCCUCCUUCCAGCCACUUGGGAGGUCCUGAGAAUGGAAUUAUGGUGCUAGAUUAGUAAACAUGACCUUUAACUAGUAGUUUCUCCCUUAUUCUUUGGGAUUUCUACUACCGUUUUUUUUCCGAAAGAAAAAAUGAUGAGUUUUGUAUAGCUGAUGAGAUAUAAAUAAUGCUGAUUUCACAGUCUAGCAAUUAUACUGGGUGUUUAAACCUUUGGUACUAAAUUAUGUUGUUUCAAAGUAGUAACUAAAAUGAAAAUCUAGAAGCCAGUUUCUGGUGAAUUAUCCACUAAUUUUAUAUUGUUGUCAGGAAGCUCCAUAGUUGCUAAUUUAACCAAUAAAUCAAUUUGCUCUUCAUUAACCAAGAAACUCUGUUCUGAGAACUCUAUCAGGAACUCGGGAAUUUAAAAGUAUUUAAAGUAAUGGCC